AUGAGUCCAGCAGCCAACAAUGAAGGCUUCAUGGUCAAUGGUGACCACCAGGUCACUAAUGGUGUUGACACUGAAGCCAUCACUAUCGUUGGAGCUGGCCCAGCCGGUCUGAUGUUAGGCUCAAAUUUAUCCAUGUACGGGAUUAAGGCAAAGAUCCUCGACGACAGAGAUGACAAGACGAGCACAGGCCGUGCCGAUGGAUUGCAGCCAAAGACCAUCGAGACAUUCAGGCAACUACGCCUCGCUGAUUCAUUGCUUCGGAAAGGUGUAAAGAUCUAUGAUAUCUGUUUCUGGAGCUCUACCAGCAUGAAAAGCCUACAUCGCACAGGCAGAGAGAUUCACUAUCCCGCUCAAUUGGACGUGAAAGACCCAUUUAUUCUGCUUGUCCACCAGGGAAUGGUGGAGGAUAUUUUUAUUGAGGACAUGAGAGAACGCGGGGUAGAAGUAACGAGGAGCUCUCCAUUACUCAAGUACACUGCCGAUAGCCUCAAAUCUUCGAUAGAUGUCCACUUUGAAGAUAAAAAGUCUGGAUCGGUCAGAUCAUUCAAGACGAGGUACUUGGUUGGUUGUGAUGGCGCCCACUCCAAUGUCCGAAAGAGCAUUCCUGGAGCUCAGAUGGUGGGGGAGAGCAGCAAUUCGAAAUGGGGAGUACUAGAUGGUGUCAUUGAAACAGACUUUCCAGAUCUCUGGAGCAAGGUGGUGAUUCAUUCAGAACAGGCGGGAACGGUAUUGUGCAUCCCUCGUGAGCGAAACAUGACCAGGCUUUACAUUGAGCUCGAUCGUGACCUGCCAGACAGUGUGCCCGCUGAGGCCACUCAAGAGUAUGUGAUGAAGAAGGCACAGGAUAUCAUGGCUCCCUACUCGGUCACAUGGACCAAUGUUGAAUGGUUCAGCGUUUAUAAAGUUGGUCAGAGAGUCGCAAGCACGUUCACUGACUGCAAUGAACGUGUGUUCAUCACUGGCGAUGCGGGCCACACCCACUCACCUAAAGCGGCUCAGGGGAUGAACACGUCGAUGCAUGACACUUUCAACUUAUCCUGGAAGCUCAACUUGGCCAUCAGAGGUCUAGCAGGGACGGCUUUACUAGCGACAUACCAACAGGAACGCCGCAAAAUUGCCCAAGACCUGAUAAACUUCGAUUUUGAACACGCUGCUGCAUUCACAGGUGGAGAUUCCAAGGCACUCGCAGAUAACUUCGCAACCAAUGUUGGUUUUAUCUCGGGUGUAGGCGUUCAUUAUACCCCAAAUAUCAUCACAGUUCCAGAGAAAGCGCCCAGAGGAAUCCUUCGGGCGGGAGAGCUGGUGGCACCAGCGAAGGUGACUCGAUAUAUCGAUGCUAACCCAGUUGACAUACAACUCGACAUCCCAAUGCUUGGUCAAUUCAGGAUCUACUUUUUCGUUCCAGAUAUUCACGUCGCGUCCGAAUUUCUGCAAAACGUCUGCGGCUAUAUCAAUUCAGCAGACUCAAUGAUAGGUCGUUCUACUACUGCAGCCGCCAAAUCAUAUGCCACAAUCAACUUGCCACCCGUUGAAGCGGACAACUUUCUGCAACCAGGCCGUUACACUGCCGCAUCUCGACUCUUCACUUUUGCUACCGUUACAGCCAUGCCGAAAACUGCAAUCGAGAUCUCCGACCUCCCGCAGUUACUACAACAGAGCAAAUGGACUUUCUAUCUGGACGAUAUCAAAGAUAGGGUAUCUGGCGUAGGCUGCACCGAGAAGUGGCUUGGAAGUCUGAAUGAUCAAGAGGUUGCCAUUGUAAAUGUCAGGCCUGAUGGCUAUGUCGGUAGUGUUGGCCGAUUCAACCUACAAGGCGCAGGUCGUACAGCUUGUGAGUGGUUAGAUACUUACUAUGGGGGGUUCUUAACUUCAUAG